GCACUGUCUGUUCUGCCGGGAACGCCCCUUCUCCUAGGAGACAGUUGCCCGGGCCCCACCCGCGAUACACCUCCUGGUCCCAGCGCGGGUUCCCGCCCCUCCGGGCCCACUUGGGGCCUAUCGGACAGUUGCUGUGCGACUUGGACAGUGGAGGAGCGCCUCCCAAGUUUUCAUCCAACUGCCAUCCCCAAAGCCUCCACCCACCUCCCCUCAGAGAGGACGCUUGAUGCCAGGCCCCUGAGAUUGUCAUUGACAAGCCCCUCUGGUCCCUCUGAGCUGAGCCAGCUGACCCAUUUGCCCUCCUUUGCGGCUUUGAUGCCUAGCCAUGUCUGCCUCGUCCUCAGGCGGCUCCCCCAGGUACUGCCCCAGGUUUCCAUCGUGCGGGAAGAACGGAGUAACAACUCUCACGCAGAAAAAAGUCUUGAGAACACCUUGUGGCCCACCCAGUGUAACUGUGACGAAAUCUCAUAAGCGUGGAAUGAAAGGGGACACCGUGAAUGUGCGGCGGAGUGUCCGGGUGAAAACCAAGGUACCUUGGAUCCCCCCUGGAAAGUCAUCCGCCCGGCAUGUGGGAUGCCAGUGGGAGACUCCACCUCACUGCCUAGAAAUCACACCUCCAUCUUCAGAAAAGCUGGUCUCGGUCAUGCGCCUAAGUGACCUCUCGACAGAAGAUGACGACUCGGGCCGCUGUAAAAUGAACCACUAUGAUAAGAAGAUCGACAGUCUAAUGAACGCGGUCGGUUGUCUCAAGUCUGAGGUCAGGAUGCAGAAAGGCGAGCGGCAAAUGGCCAAGAAGUUCCUAGAGGAGAGGAAGGAGGAGCUGGAGGAGGUGGCCCACGAGCUGGCCGAGACGGAGCACGAGAACUCGGUGCUGAGGCACAACAUCGAGCGCAUCAAGGAGGAGAAGGACUACACCAUACUCCAGAAGAAGCACCUGCAGCAGGAGAAGGAGUGCCUCAUGUCCAAGCUGGUGGAGGCAGAAAUGGAUGGAGCUGCCGCCGCCAAGCAGGUCAUGGCCCUGAAGGACACCAUCGGGAAGCUUAAGACGGAGAAACAAAUGACCUGCACGGACAUUAACACGCUAACGAGGCAGAAGGAACUUCUCCUGCAAAAGCUGAGCACGUUCGAGGAGACCAACCGCACCCUCCGAGACCUGCUGCGGGAACAGCACUGCAGGGAGGACGCUGAAAGACUCAUGGAGCAUCAAGGAGCACUGCUGAAACGGCUAGCGGAGGCGGACUCCGAGAAAGCGCGGCUGCUGUUACUGCUGCAGGACAAGGACAAGGAAGUGGAAGAGCUCCUGCAGGAAAUACAGUGUGAGAAGGCCCAAUCAAAGACAGCGUCCGAGCUUUCCAAGUCUAUGGAGUCAAUGCGUGGGCACCUGCAGGCGCAGCUCCGGUGCAAAGAGGCAGAGAACAGUCGCCUGUGCGUGCAGAUCAAGAACCUGGAGCGCAGCGGGAACCAGCACAAGGCGGAGGUGGAGGCCAUCAUGGAGCAGCUGAAGGAACUGAAGCAGAAGGGAGACCGUGACAAGGAGUCCCUGAAGAAGGCCAUCCGGGCCCAGCAGGAGCGGGCUGAGAAGAGCGAGGAGUACGCCGAGCAGCUGCACGUGCAGCUCGCAGACAAGGAUCUUUAUGUUGCUGAAGCUUUAUCUACGCUGGAGUCGUGGCGGAGUCGCUAUAACCAGGUUGUGAAAGACAAGGGAGACCUGGAGCUGGAAAUCAUCGUCCUGAACGAUCGGGUGACAGACCUUUUGAACCAGCAGCAGACCUUGGAGGAGAAGAUGCGCGAGGACCGGGACAGCCUGGUGGAGAGGGUGCACCGGCAGACGGCCGAGUACUCCGCCUUCAAGCUGGAGAAUGAGCGGCUGAAGGCCAGCUUCGCCCCAAUGGAGGACAAGCUCAGCCAGGCUCACCUCGAGGUCCAGCAGCUAAAGGCGUCUGUGAAGAACUAUGAGGGGAUGAUCGACAAUUACAAGAGCCAGGUGAUGAAAACCAGAUUGGAGGCCGAUGAAGUAGCUGCCCAGCUCGAGCGCUGUGACAAAGAGAACAAGAUCCUCAAAGACGAGAUGAACAAGGAGAUUGAGGCGGCGCGUCGGCAGUUCCAAUCCCAGCUGGCUGACCUGCAGCAGCUGCCCGACAUCCUCAAGAUCACAGAGGCCAAGCUGGCCGAGUGCCAGGACCAGAUGCAGGGCUAUGAGAGGAAGAACAUGGACCUGAUGGCCAUCAUCUCUGACCUGCGCAGCCAGAUUGAACACCAGGGGGACAAGCUGGAGAUGGCGAGAGAGAAACACCAGGCCUCCCAGAAGGAAAAUAAACAGCUGAGUCUGAAGGUGGAUGAGCUGGAGAGGAAACUGGAGGCCACCAGUGCCCAGAAUGUCGAGUUCCUGCAGGUGAUCGCCAAGAGGGAGGAGGCCAUCCACCUGUCCCAGCUGCGGCUGGAGGAGAAAACCCGGGAGUGCGGGUCGCUGGCCCGGCAGCUGGAGAGCGCCCUUGAAGACGCCAGGCGGCAGGUGGAGCAGACCAAGGAGCAGGCGCUGUCCAAGGAGCGAGCAGCCCAGAGCAAACUCCUGGACCUGGAGGCACAGCUGAGCAGGACCAAGACAGAACUAAGCCAGCUGAGGCGGAGCCGCGAGGACGUGGAUCGCCGCUAUCAGAGCCGCCUGCAGGACCUGAAGGACCGCCUGGAGCAGUCGGAGAGCACCAACCGCAGCAUGCAGAACUACGUCCAGUUCCUCAAGUCCUCCUACGCCAACGUGUUUGGGGACAGUCCCUACACUUCCUUCCUCACCAGCUCCCCAAUCCGCUCGCGAUCGCCCCCUGCAUGAGCCCUGCCCAGUGCCAAGGAAGGAAGGAGUUGCCAAGCUACAGCCAGAAAGCUGUUGGCUCUACUGUCCCAGGGAGGAAGCGGUUGUCCUUAGCGGUGACUCCCAGAUCGUUCUAAUGUGGCAGGCGGGAGCAGGAUGCAGUCGUCUCCUCCCCAGUGGUGCUGUCAUCUGAUGGAAUUUUGUUAAGUUUUCUACCCCGUUGGGGAAGCAGAUUCCAGAUGCCCGUGAGUUGCCAAGACUCCCCCGAGAGUGUGUGGACUGGACUUCUCCCUCUGUUCCCACCCAGCCUCGUCUCCUUAGGAAUCCGCCUAGGGAUUUCUGAUCUGAACCAGCAGAUGCCCUGCCUGGGCUGUAGGCAGAAUUCUUGCUUCUUUCUUAUUUCAGGGGUACAGGUGGGCGUGGCAUUCUUUUGAGGUUGGGGGCACCCUCGACACCCCUCACACCCGUUUCCUUGAGGACACUUGGUCCCCAGCAUUUCACAGAUGUCUUCUCAAGGCCCAUUACGAGGGUAACCCCAAGCUCGCUCAUUCCAGUUUUUCUUUGUAUCUCUAGAACACAUUUAUUCUUGAAAUAUUUGUACGGUUUUACAAAAAGAUUUAUAAUCAGUUAUUUAAGAAGGCUCCUUUUAUCCAGCCAUCCCAUCCCUCUUUUAAAAAAUGAUUAAAGUAAAAUGCU